AAUGAAAACAAAACAGCGCCAAACUAACCCUACAAAUUUCAAAACUGCGCUUUUAUUAUUAAAAUAAAUGUUUAAAUAACUAUUAAAUAAACGUUAAAUUGAUGUAAUUUUAAAAAUGCCUCAAGUGAAAAUAGACCAUAUUGUAAGUUUUAGCUCCGAGGAUCCUGUACACGCAGCCAGUAAUAUUCUAUCUUCAGACUCGAACAAGAAGUGGAAAUGCCGAUCCGUGGGUGAAAAAAACGCAUCAGUUGUGCUACAACUCGAAAAAGCUAGUCAAAUAACAGCUAUCGAUAUAGGUAACGAACAUUCCGCCUAUAUCGAAGUACUAGUUUCUCGUUCGAGCAGCAAUGACGACUACAAAGUUCUACUUGUUACUUCAUGUUUUAUGACGCCUGUUGAAUCGAGGCAGAGUCAGAAUAUUAAUAAAGUUAGAAUGUUUACGCACGAGCAUUUAUCGAAGCCUGAAUGCGAUGAAAAAUGGGACAGGGUGAAGAUCGUGUGCUCUCAGCCGUUUAACAAGCAUGUACAAUUCGGUUUGUCUUUCGUAAGGAUUCAUUCAAACGAAACGAGGACAAGUGCAACUGGUGGUACGACGAAAAUCGGAAAAUUCGUUAUCAGACCCGAAUCACCCGAUAAUAUAUUAGCUGGAAAUUUGUUCGCCAAAAGAAAAGACUACAAGGAUGAUAAACCUCCUACAGCUGCAGCUGCUAUUAGAAAUGUAACAUCCUUCACUACAUCGCCGAGUUGCAAGCCGAAAAUAUUGAAUAAAAAUUCGAAUACAACACCAAAGAAGCAGGCGAACACGGAAGAACCUGCGAAUAAAAACAGGAAUAGAGACGAGCUCUUCUACGACCAGGAAGAUUCAAAAGGUAGCGAGAAACUCGAGAGGAUUAUGAAGAAAAAGGAAGAAGAGGAUGCGAUGAAGCGCAAAAUGGAGGAACAAGUGAAAAAAUCACCGAAAGUAGUUGUUAGAAAGGAUAACAAAAAGGCAGAAAUGGCGAAAAGUCCUGCCAGUAGCCGAAAAUAUGAUACCAAGAGGAAAAACGAGGAUGAUUCUGCGCAUACGCAAAAACCGAAAAAAUCUAAAUUAUCGAAACCAUUCAACAAAUUACUAGACAAUGUUGUUUUUGUAAUAAGUGGAAUACAAAAUCCCGAGAGAGCCAGCUUGAGAUCAAUGGCUUUAGAGAUGGGAGCGAAAUAUAAAGCUGAUUGGGACUCAACAUGUACACAUCUAAUUUGCGCUUUCGUUAACACGCCGAAAUUCAACCAAGUAAAAGGAAAAGGGAAAAUCGUGAAGAGAACGUGGGUGCAAAAAUGCCACGAAGAAAGAAAGCGAUUGCCUUGGAGAAGAUUCGCCUUAGAUAAAAAUGACGGGAACCUGCCAGAGAGUGAAGAUGAAAUCGAUGAAUUAUUAGAUGUUCCUGAGGUCACGGAAUAUUCCUUUGAUGUCAGUGAUGAUGAACACAAAGCUGAAGGUUCGGACACUGAAGAAAGAGUAGCGAAAAUUCUGGAAAGACAGAAGCAAGAUCAAUCCAGCAAAGGGAAUGGAUUAGAUGUAACUAAUACCAAAACACCCAGUAUAUUUGAUCUUGAUACUGAUGAAGAAGAGCCUUAUUUGAUUAGCGAUAACGAUAAUUCUGCACCGGAUUUUUUUAGAGGAAUGAAAAUUUACAUAGAUCAUUCUUUUGAGGAAGAUGAGUUUAAUACUUUACAGAAAUAUGUUAAAGCCUAUAAAGGGGAUUGUCUAGAUUAUGUUACUAACGAUACAGACGUAAUAGUAACUGCUAAAGAGAAUAGUUCGUUGAUGAAAGAAAAUCACCCGACUGUGAAAUGUGCUAAAAGUAGGUGGAUAUUAAAAUGUCACAAGAAGCAAACAAUUUUACCAAUGGAUGAAUAUAUUUAUUAAGCGUUAAAAUGGUUUUUUUUAUAAAAUUUACUAUUGCUAAUAAAUUGCAUGUAUCUUUCUAUUUUUACUAGAAAAUUGCAACUGAAUUGGUUGAUGUUAAUUGAAAAUUCAGCAUUCUUUGCCCCAACAAUAACAAUUUACCGUUUUAAAUUAUUCUAAAAAAAAAUCUGACACAUUUGCGUUUUAUAUAUUCUCUAUUUGACCUAAGUAUAUAAAAUUAAUUUUUGUCUUAUAUUGGAAGAGCCUCAAAUAUAAUAAACGUUUAUAAAUCUUAAUUGAUAAAGACAAAAAAAUCUAUACAAUUAAAUACAAAUCGGCUCCAUUAGAAGAAGCGUAUAUUACCAAAAAUUUUUAAUACCUAAAAAAAAAUUCAAAUACAUAAAAUAAUGAACAAUAUUUGGCCGUUCGCGUCAAUACUUCAAUCUCGUUUAACUACCUAUCGCAAUUUCAUCUUAAACCUACCAAUUCUACAAAAUGAAAUUUUAAAAUUCAAACAAAAAUUCACUCCGAUAUUGAAAAUUUUUGGUAAACGUAACCGACACAUUUCGAUAUUUACUCGCCCGACGCCCUCGGAUCGAUUACGUCUUUUCCUCCUUUUCUUUGUUAUAUUUUUCCAGCUCCCUCAGAAACUGCGCCUUGGGUUUCAUGACGUUGGGCCGGUCCCCACGGCAUUUGGGGCAAUACCACUUUCCCUUCGGCUUCGUCGAAAGCGUCACGCACGAGAAAUGGAACCAUUCGAUCGGACACAAGUCAUUGUCGCACAUGAUCAUCUCACCUAAUAAUUUAAAUGAUAAAUAACAGCGGUUGUUAAUUGCAAUUAAACAUUUACCGUAUGAAAUUUGAUCGCAAAGACAGUACGUUGGCUCAUCUGGAUCGAUCGCUUGCUCUUCGUCUCUGGGCGGGGAUUCCUCUUUUUGCACUUGAGUGUUCUGGCGAGAUUUACGUUUUUUCUUUUUACCUAAAAAGCAAUAAUAUAAUAAACCGUUUCUCGUAAACAAAAUGCAAGUAACUAACUUGUGGUUUGUUUUUUCUGCGCAUUAUUCGGAGCGUUAGAUGGGACUUGGCUUCUGAGAACGUGCUCGACAGUAAUCGAAUCGUUGUUUUCCGCUCCCGAAUAGGUAUCGUGACGGGUCCUUCUGGCUCGUUUCGCCGGCCUUUCGUUACUCGCAGAGUUACUGUUGUUGGCGUUAUUCGUGUUGCUGCCGUUGUUAUUCGAAGGGGUGCUAUUCAACGCGGACUGUUGUUCUUUUACUUCAAUUUGACUCGAUU